AUGGCACAAUUAAAGUAUAAGAAGUUUAAGCUUUAUAAACCUUUAUCUUUUACUCUUUUUCUUACUUAUUCACCUAUAUCAAUUGGUACUUUUGAAAGCACCGAGAAAACAAGCAUCGUAUAUUUAAUCCUUUGUGAAUUGGAAUACAAAGAACGAAACUACUCUGUUCCGGGCCCUUACUAUCAAGCCGUCCCUAUAAGCAGCCAUAUAGAGACCAAAGUGUUUUUUGCCGAAAUUUUUUUGUUGCUGAUCGAUCUCAACAAUACCUUUUAUCAUGUAGCAGGAAGAAUAAAGCGGGAUAUGCUCCAAGCUCCUCCACCUUCGGUCCCUUUUAUACAAAUACUAGAAAUCGGAUCAGUGACUAAUCUUUAUUCUGAAAACUUCGCCCCUGCACCUCACAACAGAUACCAUGGGCUAAUUAGAGGUUUAGGAAUUAUAUAUCCACUUUCCAAAUACAAACCCUUCAUACUCUCAGCCAUCAUGUCAAACGUUCAGGCAAGCCCACAGCCCAUACCCGUAUUGCUGCACUCGAGCACAAAAUUCUGUGGAAUUGAGAUCUUUGAAAUGAGUUGGACUUCAGACACGUCCUUAACUAAUCAAGACAAUACGGGAGAAAUAAUAUCAAUGGCAAACGAAGAAGGAGAAUAUAAAUUUUCCAACCUGGGUAUUGCCAGGCAUCCCCCAAGAUACCCUCUUGGAAGAUGCUUUGUGUCUAUUGUAAAAAAAAGGUGUCAGUGGAAGAAAGUAUUGGUAUCCAAAAAGAAACUCAAGUGCGAUCCCACUAAACUACCUAUAAUUGUUUUUAGUACCGGUAUGAAAAGCAAAGAUGCUGUCGAGUUUAAAGAAAAUUGUGUUGGAAUUGUUGGUUUUUUUUAUGGAGCAUUAAAGAACAGACAAAAGGGUGGAGACCUUCUUGUAGUUGAUGUUAACGAGUUCCAAACUUUCCAGCACAUAUCUUCUGAGACUCAAACUGAUGUGAUCGCCCAGAUGGAUUCGCACACAGAUAAAUACGGAACACCAAAAGACCAGAAGACCAAUAACAAUAAGCAAUAA